AUGGAUGCCAUCCUGGAACAGCUUGCCGGGGUUCAUACUCCCGUGGCUCCUCCGGCUUUCACCCCCUCUCCCCCGGCUCCUUCCUUGAAGGUUCCUUCCGGCGCUCCUCCCGAAACCAUUGACUUAGUGGAUGACGAGGAGGUGCUUCCGGGAGAAGGCCAAGGGAAAGGGUGGGACUUCUCGGAGGAAGCCGCCGAGGGUACUGGAGAGCCUCAAGCCCUUCCAGUGGUAGCAGAGGAGGACGAGGAGAAGCCUGAAGUGGCUCUGAUUCGCAAGCGUAAGGGCAAGAUGAUUGCCCAGGACGAGCCGAAGAGGCCUCGGAGGGCCGACACUCCUGCUCAUGGCCUAGACGGCGGGGUUUCCCCGAUGGAGGAAAAUCCUGCUCCUCCUCACAUUGAUCUUACCCCGAUUCCGGGGGAUGAGGUGAGGCAGGAGCUUCGCAUAGCCAAACACAACUACGCUAUGGACGAGUACUCCCGGGGGUAUGCCGAGGUGGAGGCCCUUAGGAGGAUUCUGCGAGCUGAGGUUGAGGCGAGCAUCAACCAUCCGGACUAUCAUGAUCCGUGGAACCUCAACCUGGACCCCUUAACGGACUGGUUCCGUCCCCUCCUAGGGCCCACUUUGGCUCCCUUUGCCGCGGAAAUGACCGGUGAGUUCGCUUCUCAGCUUACACGCUGCGCGCCCAAGCGGUUUGCCACUUGUGCCUCCUUGAACUCUAUCUUCCAGGUCCAGGACCUCAGCCAUUCCCUCACAGUACUUGCUGCUGAGGCUGGUCGCCUCUCCAGGAACAUCAUAAACCAUGGCUUCGCUCUGUCCGACUUUGGGGACAUGAACGACGUCAGGAAGGUCCUCCAAGACCUCACAGCGGAGAGGCAGAUCUACCGGGGAGGACUGGUUCCGAGCACGAGUUUCGGGGCUGGGUUCUGGUCUAGUUCUGGGUCCCAGUCCAGGUGUGGAUCUGGUCACGUUCACGGUCGUGUUCCAGGGUCCUAG